AUGACCAAGAUCUGUGAUGUGAAGCUGGCGCGUGGAGCCGUUCAGAGGCUCUUCCAACCCUUGAGAGAACAAGUUACUAUGUUGAAGAGACACCAUAGCAAUAUCUCCGAGGAGUGCUGGAGCAUUCUGGAGCAAGCACCAGCCCAGUGGUCAGAGGUGGACCGAGCAGCUUUCAAUGAGAAGGAGAAGAUCUUGCCUCUGCAGAACCAGGAGAUGCAGAAGAUUCGGGUGAAGAUCGAAGGCUUCAGGGAAGAUGUGCGCAGCUUCCGCGCGGAGUUUUUGGAUCGUUGUCCCUUUGGAAGUGAGAAUGCAGUGACUGGCAACUAUGACAAGAGCUAUGCAUUGAUCAACGAGUACUAUCAGAAGACCAUGGAAAUCCGAGCACGUGCAGAACAGUUCAAUGACUUGGAGCUGCUGUUUGACAUGGCCAUGAGCAAUUACCAACCGCUGAACGACUGCUACAACAACUUGGUGCUUUUGAAGAACUUAUGGGACCUGAUUGUCAUGGUGCGGGAAACCUUCUCUGCUUGGUACAAUGUGCUGUGGGACAAGAUCGACACGGAGCAAAUGGUGGCCACGGUUCGUGAACUGAGCAACCAGGUGGUUCGUGCCCAGAAAGGUUUGAGGGCAUGGCCUCUGUACACCUGGCUACAGGAUGAGGUCAAGAACAUGUCUGCUGCCCUGCCACUGGUGAAUGAACUCCACUCCGACACCAUGCGCGAUCGGCACUGGGCGCAGCUGAUGGGUGUGACCAAGAAGACGUUUGAAAAGGGCCCAGAAUUCAGCUUUCGGCACCUGUUGGAAUUGGAGCUGCAUCAUUUCUCGGAUGCUGUCUACGACAUUGUGGACCAAAGCGUGAAGGAGGCCAAAAUUGAAGCCAAGUUGGAAGGCAUCCGUCGCACCUGGUCCAAGAUGACGGUGGACUUCGAUGGAAGCCGCGAGGAUUGUCCACUGCUGGCGGAUCUCAGUGAGGUGCUGGAACGUUUGGAGUCCGAUUCUCUGGAGAUGUUGUCCAUGACCUCGCAGGGCCGCUUCAUUGAAUUCUGCAAGCAGACAGUGGACGAGUGGAGUGAAAAGCUGCAGACCGUCGACUCCGUCUUGCAGGUGUGGCAGAAGUUCCAGACCAACUGGUGUCGUUUGGAGCCCAUCUUCAUGCAGAGCGAUGACAUUCGCUCGCAGCUUCCAGAGGAUUCCAAGAGGUUUGAGCUCCUGGACAACAGCUGGAAGGAUUUGAUGAUGGAGGCUUCCAGAUCUUCUUUGAUCGUUGACAUUUGCACGGCCGAUGGCCGCGCCCAGACAUUGGCAGAUAUCACGGAUGCCUUGGACACUUGUGAGAGAUCCUUGAAUGACUAUUUGGAGCAGAAGAAGAAAGCCUUUCCGCGAUUUUACUUCGUGGCCAAUGGAGCUCUGUUGGAUAUCCUGUCCAAUGGCAACAAACCCCUGAAGGUGGCUGAGUACUUGGGCGAUGUCUUUGAUGGCAUUCGUACCCUAGAUUUCUCCCCCGAUCCCAAGCUGGGCCGCAUCGCAUGUGGCCAUAAAGCCAAGGAUGGCGAGUUUGUCGCCUGGCCAUCUGAUCCGGGAAACUUUGUGCUGGAGGGCCCGGUGGAGAUCUACUUGGCCGGACUGGAAGCGCACAUUCGCCUUGCCUUGAGGGAAGUCCUGGAACAGGCUAGAACUUCUGCUGAAAGUUGGGAGGUGGGCGACAGGCCCCGUGAAACCUGGCUGGAUGACUACUGUGCUCAGUUGAGCUUGUUGGCCACGCAGAUCAUUUGGACGGAGGAAACAGCCCGUGCUUUUGAAGACAUGGAAGCCGGCAGCGAAACUGCCAUGCGUGACUACAAAAGGGUCAAUGACGAUCGCAUCGAUAAGCUGAUCCGCCGGGUGCAGGGCGAAUCCGACAAGGAGCUACGCACCAAGGUGAUCACCAUCAUCACCAUCGACGUGCAUUCCCGGGACGUCAUCGAAUCCUUCGUGCUUCAAAAGGUCAAUGAAGCCAACGACUUCAGGUGGGGAUCGCAACUGCGCUUCUAUUGGACAAUGUAUCCACCAGGCAGCAGCUUGGUGUCGUUCACACCUCCGCAUCAGAAGACUUGCCUCAUCAAGAUCUGCGACUGGGCCACCUGCUAUGCCUACGAAUACAUUGGAAAUGUGGGCAGAUUGGUCAUUACUCCUCUCACCGACCGAUGUUAUAUCACUCUGACGCAGGCAUUGAAUCUAUGCCUUGGAGGAGCUCCUGCCGGGCCGGCAGGCACAGGGAAGACGGAAACCACCAAGGACCUCUCCAGGGCACUGGGUUUGCCCAUCGUGGUGUUCAAUUGCUCGGAUCAGAUGACGUACCAAACCACAGCCCAGAUCUUCAUGGGCUUGGCACAGGUCGGUGCCUGGGGAUGUUUCGAUGAGUUCAACCGUAUCUCCAUCGAGGUCUUGUCCGUGGUGAGCACCCAGUACAAGUCGGUCUUGGAUGCCAUUCGCAUCAACAGCAAAACUUUUCUCUUCGUGGAUGAGGAGUUGCGGUUGGUGAAGACAUGUGGUGCAUUUAUCACCAUGUGCCAUGGCUGCCAUCGCCAUGUGUUAAGAUGA